UGACGUAAGCUAAGGUCACGUGACUUUGGCGUGUGCCACAACAUCUAGUGGAAAGUGUUAAGAGAGCUCUCCCUCGAGUGUUUUAAAUCAUAAAUAAACGAAAUGGAUUUCAGCGUGAAGAAAUUAGCCUCGGGUGCUGGACUGUUUUUGACACGGGCUGUCCAGUUCACAGAGGAGAAGUUGGGCCAAGCAGAGAAGACCGAGUUGGACGCUAAGUUUGAGAACCUGAUCAGCCGGGCAGACUGCACCAAACACUGGACCGAGAAAAUCUACAGACAGACUGAGGUCCUGCUUCAGCCCAACCCAAUUGAUCAUACUGGUGCCAGAAUCGAGGAGUUUCUUUUUGAAAAACUGGACUGGAAGGUGCCGUCCAGGGUUACUAAUGCAGAGCUGCUGGGUCAGUAUAUGCAGGAUGCAGCAAAAGAGUUUGAUCUUGGAAUGCCAUAUGGGAACACUUUGGAGAAGGUGGGGGAGUGUGAGAAAAGAUUAGGAGAAGCAGAGAAGGAGUUCCUCCAGACGUCAGCCAUCAGCUUUCUUACGCCUCUCAGGAACUUUCUGGAAGGAGACUGGAGAACUAUUUCAAAAGAACGUCGCCUUCUGGAGAAUCUUCGCCUGGACCUUGAUGCCUGUAAAACACGAGUGAAGAAGGCAAAGGUGGCUGAAGCAAAGGCCGCGUGCGAAGGGGAAACAGCUCCAGAUUUUCAGGAAACCAGACCUCGCAACUAUGUGCUUUCUGCCAGUGCCUCUGCGCUCUGGACCGAGGAAGUGGAGAAAGCUGAACAUGAGCUCCGAAUAGCCCAAACAGAGUUUGAUCGCCAAGCAGAGGUCACACGAUUGCUUUUGGAGGGCAUCAGUAGUACGCAUGUGAAUCAUUUGCGCUGCCUGCAUGAAUUUGUGGAGGCCCAAGCAGCUUAUUACAAGCAGUGUCACCUCCACAUGCAGGAGCUACAGAAAGAGCUGGGAAGGCUUCCUAAUGCUUUCGCACUGAACUCCACAAACGCCAUUGCUACUCCCAGUAUGGUGACAGAAGGCAGCAGCAGCCCAGUGGAAACUGACACCCUUAAGAUCGAAGAAGUUCAACCACCAGCUACAGGAACCCGCAAAGCCAGAGUCCUUUAUGAUUACGAUGCAGCGGAUUCCAGUGAGCUCUCCCUUCUGGCUGACGAGCUCAUCACAGUUUACACAGUGCCUGGAAUGGACUCUGACUGGCUGAUUGGAGAGAAAGGAAACCAUAAAGGAAAAGUGCCAGUCACAUACCUGGAGCUUCUCAGUUAGACAGCGCACGUAUGCAUGUGCAUGUGUGUGAUUGGACACAUAGUGAAGCCACAAAGAAUUUCUCAUUCUUACACUAACCUCUAAUCCUCAAUAACACUUCUCCCAAAUACACAAAAUGCUUCUCAGACAGCAGUGAAAAUAGAAACACUCUUAUAGUGACUCAAGGAAAAUCCUCAUUGGGGAUGGUUAACAUUCCUUUCAGUUUUCUGUUUGUGAUGUUUUUGUGUUAUGUGCAUCCCAAAGUCCCAAUGCUUGAAUGAAAUUAUAUUGGUGCGUUUGAUGUCUUUGCUAUAUUUUAAAACUGCUUUCUUUGCUAAACUCUGAUGAAGAAUUUAAUUGUAAAAGUCUAAAUUAUUCUCUCACAGAGAUUAGAAGUGUAAGCUUUCACUGAACUGGGUCUAAACGACGAAAUUCCUCAGUUUUUCUUCAAAAGGCAGCGGGGCGCGUGAAACAAUUUCCUGUUCUCAAUUCUUUGGGUUAAAGUGGUGAUAUUAGGCGACUAAAGAAGAAGUGAAAACAAACGGGACUUCUUUAUGUUGUAUUAUUUUCCAGUCCCACUUCAUAUGUGAGGAGCAGGGAAACCAUAUAGGCCACUUUUGGUUUGUUUGAAAGAUGUGACAGUUUCCUUCUUUUACUGCAAAUGUGUUUGCCCCUUUCCUUUUUUUCCUCACAGUGACUCUUGUGAUAACGUUAACUUAUUGGUGAUGAAACUGUCAUAUAUGAUGAUUUCCAUAGUUUACAGUUUACACUGUAGAAUUGUAAACCACGGAAACUGUUUGUGAGGAUUGUUUGGGGGAAAAUAUUUGCCUUAAGUGCUAGCUGAAGCGAAUGCAAUACCUAUGUUAUUUAAAGCAAGAAUAGUCAUUUGGACUUAUUCUUUUUUUGUUUUUUGCUUCUCGCAUUUUUCCACACCAAUGCAGCUGCUCCUACGAACAAUAUGAACACUCUACACCUCUUUUCUAACUGCCUUAAGAGGACGGGUGGGGACUGCUGACAAUGUGCUCUUCAAAUAUUGUACAAAUGUCCUCUGAUUUAAAGUUCACCACAGCCAGCAUGCAACACUGACACUCCCCUGCAAUUACACAACUGCCUGUGUGCUUUGGCCGUGAGUGUUGUUUUUUUUUUGGGGUUUUUUGUAUUUCCAGUGUUUGUCAGGAUUUUCAGUCUUAGUGCUGCAUGUGCUACAGCCGGUACCCCGUCCUGUUGGACACUUAUGUGUGUGUACAUGAAUGUAGACAAGUCUGUUUGUGUGAGAUCUAAAUCUAUUGUGCUCCCUAAUGUCCUGCAUGUGUACAUGCAUGCACUGCCUUUAUUUAUUUAUUUAUUUUUUAAGACAGCCUGCUGAUACGUUCACGUGAAAUGAGCGUAUGUUACCUGCAGGUCGUGUCACAUGAUAAGAAUUCUUGCUACUCAUGUGCGUUUUUGUCCUGCUCUCUUCUCUUCUGCUCAUUUCACAAAUUUGAAGUAACUUUCUGUUAUCUGUCUGUUCCUUGCUGGAUGAAUGAAAUGUGUCCAUUAAUAAAACUGAUUGAUUUGAA